AUGGAAGUCCGCUGCAAACUGUUCAUGGGCAUACUCAAAAAGGCAGCACUCGAUUGGUUUAGUGGUCUCCCUGACCGAUCAAUCACCGACUUCGAUGUCUUUAGUCGGCUCCUCAUGGCCCAAUUCGCCGCUAACAAGAAGAAACCACCAAUCACGUCGGACUUGUUCGACCUCAAGCAGCAGCGCGAGGAGUCUCUGAAGGACUUCCUACAAAGGUUCAACGAGGUCGCCUUGAGGAUAGCGUCGUUGGAUGAAAGGAUGGCUGUCAUUGCAUUCCAGAAGGGCCUGAGGUCUAGAGCUUUCGACAUCGCGCUGGAGAGAGCGAAUUGCCAGACGAUGUCAGAGGUGAGAGCCUUUGCACUGAGUCACAUUAAGACGGAGGAAGGGCAGAUUAGCAAAAGAGCAGCGGAAAGCCGAGAAGUAGGGGCAACAAUAAGGAGGGAAAUAAGCAUCUCCGACCGCGAUCGGAUUGGAGUAAACGACGCGACCGUUACAACAUGA